GCACAUUUUCUCGUGGUUGCGGUGAUAAGUUUAACAAUAGUUUGUAAACUUCUAUCAAGUUCUGGAUUUUGGGUGGUGUUUUUCUAAUAACGCCCAGUACCAAAAACUCACACAAAAUAUAGAUGAAAAACCAGAAAAAGUACCACAAUUAAAAGUAUGAAAUAUUUCAGCUCGAAUCUGCUCGAAUUUCAUGUGGAUAGAAAAUAAAAAAAACUGACCGAAAUAAAAGCAACCAAACAGGUCCUAGCAACACGUGGCCAUAGCAACCUUUUUAUUUCGCUUAUUUACUGCUGACGCUUCCUCAAGACAUUACGUGAUUUUUUCAACUUACAACAAAAACGUUGAAACUCCACUCUUUUGUGAAAAAUGAAUCCGGAAGAAGACGCUAAUUCUAUCAGUGUGCAGGCAGAUGCCUUUAACGAAUCCGCCAUGGAUCGUGUGGGCGUGCUUGAGACCGAUCAUCCCUUGCUCGAGCGCUUCCAAUCAGCGCUGAAGGCUCACCUGCUGAAAGUAAAAGGUCAGCUCGAGGAGGAAGUGGCCGAGUUAAACCACCGUCUGGUGCAGAAUGAGAAAGAAUCUGAAGAGGUCGGCGCCGAGCUGUACGAUCUGCAGGAGGAGAUCGAUAAUCAGAAGGAGCUGCUCGAAAUUUACAGUAAGGAAAUUUUUGAACUGGCCGCCCAACGCCAGCAGGAGCAAAAGCAGGCCGCACAGUACCGGAAGGAGUUCGAGGAACAGCAGAAAACCCUGCGGGAUUUAAAAAAGACGCACAAAGAGCAUCUGAUGGAGCUGGAAAACUUGACCAUACUGGAGAGCGAGUUUGCUAAGUGGGCACAGGAAAUCAAGGACGAAAUAGCCGUUGCAAAGCGCGUCGCUAGCAAGGACGCGAAGGAUGAACUUACGGCCGGGGAGGAGCAGCGUCGGUCCGAGCUGCUGAUGCACAACCUUUCGACGGAGGUAAAGCGCAAGGAGCUCGAGCUGGAGGCUAUCGAGGAUGAGAUAAAGGAGCAGGACGAAAAGCGAGAAACGAUUAGCCGCAGUUUAGCCGACGCAAACACCGAUCUGGAAGCACUGCAGCACGAACACAAAUGUGUGUCCCAGGCCUGGGGCGAAGUGAUAGUGGCGAUUCAGCAGCGCGACCGAGUACUGGUGAAGACGAAGGAAGAGCUGGAAGCGAUUUACGAGGAGCACAAAGUUAUCAAGAGCAAAACGGAAAUUACGAAGAAAACGGCCGCCAAAGAAAUGGAGCAGAACGAGAAGUUGGCCGGCUUUAAGAAUCGCAUCCAGGGGGACAUCAACUCGCUUGAGAAGCAGGUGCGCAAGGAACAGGAAGACGAAGAUAAGCUCAAGCGUGACCUGGACCACUACGCGCUGAUUCUCGAGCAAACGGAGGCCGAUAUCUUGAAAGCGCAGCAGGAAGGUUUGCUGAUUGAGAAUCAUCUCAAAUCAUUGCGCCAAACGCUGGAGAAACAGAAUCGCAAAAAGUUUGAACUUGAGGAUCAGAUACUGGAGCUGCUGCAGGAUCAGCUCACCACGGAUAAGGCGGGCGAAGCGCAGGGAAAGCUGCUGGCCGAUACCACCGAGAAGCGCCGAGAGCUGGAGAUAAACAUGGUGAAUACGGAGAAUCAGCUGUCGGUCGUAUUGCUUGAUCUGGAAAAGUGGAGAUCGCUCGUGGAAACUUCGAGGGAGGUCUUGAGCAGAGUAAAGAUGGAGCAUGACGAAUUAGAUGCAAAGGCUAACGAGCACAACGAAAGGAUAAAGCUCACCAAGGAAAUGAUUGCCGUGAAGCUACGCAAGAUGGAUGCGCUGAAUCGUGAGCUGGACCAGCUGAUCAGUAAGGCGGGCGGGCAGGAAAUGAAUCCGGACGAGCUGAAGCUGCUGGACGUGCAGCAAGACAUCGUGGAGGUGGAGGCGCAGCUAAAGGAGGCGCGAGCUUCGUGGUUGAAAUUACAAACAAGCGUGCGAGCGCAAUCGAACAAGCGAAAUCAACAGUUGAGCGACAUCAACUACUCCAGAAAGAAGCUUCUGCUGGCUGAACAGAAAGCCAUCAAAAUCGAGGCACAGCUCGAGGAGGUAAUGAAUGAAAAUAGAGAGAUAGUGCGGUCGUUAUCGGCGCUCAAUACACGCCUCGACAGUGCCAGCAUGGAACUGUUCAAGACGCGUCAACUGCACGAGAAAGGCGAGCAGGAGUGUGUGGUAGCGCAUCACCAGGCCACGGAACGGUUGCGGGACGCCGAAAUGGCCGUCCUGAACCUGGAGCAAGAGCUGAAAGAUCUUGGCAAGGAGAUCGAGGACUGCAAGCAGGAGGUACUGGAGAAGCAUCGCGAAGCCCUGUCCUGGGAAACGAAGUGCAAGAUGUCGACCGAGGCGAAGAAGUUCAAGGACGAGGAGACGACACAUAACAGUGAGAUCGGCAUCAUGAAGGCGGAGAUCCACCGGAUGCAGGUACGGUACGGCCAGCUGAAGCGUAUGCAGGAAAAGCUGGUGCACGACCUGGAAAACACCGUGCACCAUCGGGAAAACAUUUUCGAGUCCGUUAAUGCACGGGAAAAGGUGUACGGAGGAAAGUUUAAGACCCGCUCCACGAUGCAGCACAAGAUUAAUGAGCUCAAGAACAAGCUGAAGGUCGUCUUUUCGGAAAUAUCUCAAGCCGAGAAGAGUCUGCUCGAGAUCGAUACGGCGCAGAAGUUGCUGCAGGCGGAGAUCGAAAAUAAAAAGCAUCAGAUCGAGGAGGAGAAGCUGCAAACAAACUUGAUCCGCGCGGAAACCGAACAAGCCGCCAUGUUGAAGCAGGAAAAUCUGGACUACAUCGUACGCCACCAGUACCGGGCCCGUCGUUAUCGAGCGCUAGCAAACGCACAGCAGCUCCCAAAGUUCCGCAACGAGAUUCUCAUCCAGGCCGAUCUGCAGCGCCAGCGCGAGGUGAAUGAAAACAUUGUGGCGGUGGUGGAAACACUGCAGCAAGAUUUUCCCACCCAGAAGUAUAAUCUGAACAAAAUUCUUCAAUUACUUAAGUAAGAGAUGGAUGUGCAGAGGUGGUUGGUGUGUGUUUGUGGGUGUGUGUGGUGACAUUUUUUUUCUAUCAAAGCACGGUUUGCAUUUUUCGAAGUAUUUAAAUAAAAGUAUAUUUUCAUACACGGCUUUCCCAUCUG